AUGGUUUGGAACAGGACCAACGGGGUCUGGCACGAUGAUCUGGACGGGGCGGAGAAGGUUUUCUACGACAUGUCCCAGGCUUUUCAACCGGUAGGCAAAGAGCAUGGGUCGGUCUACACGGUGUGCAAGAUCCGCAUGCUCGAGGAUCAGCGUCCCCAGCACCCUCUCGAAGUUCGACUCCGGGACGCCUGGAUCUCGCUACGGAUCGAAUUUCCCUCGUUAAGUGUCGUGGUAUCAGACGCCCAGCGGAAAGAGUACAUGUCGGCGAAUCCUCAGCGUCUCCAGCAUUGGGCGAGUGAGACCUUCUGGGUAGACGACUCGGGUAACUCAGCCAUCCAGGUCGUGUCCUCGCUGCACCUGAGAAAGUUUCCCUGCCUGAUCUUCCUGCCGCGAACCUCCGAGCUCGUCUUCCAUUCGUCCCACUGGCGCAUCGACGCUUUGGGGGCCUGUAUGUUGUUGGACCGAUUGUUCGAAAAGCUCUCCCGCGACACCGACACGAUUUCCGUCAACGAGGACGAUAAUAUGUCCCCGAACCUCUCUCCUAGCCUGGAGGAUGCGUUUGGCUCCCCAGCAGCACCGACUCCCCAGAUGGAAGCUGUGGCGAAAUGCGUUCAACGGAGAAAUUUCCAGACCUCGUACCCGACCGCCGGACUGCCCGUGGCGAUGGGGGCGCGAGCCUCACCACCUGCCAGGUCCAGCCCGCAGGCCCUCGCGUUGACGCGUGAAGCAACGGAGGCCCUGCUUGCGGCCUGCAAGCGGCAUGCCAUCAGCGUCACCGCGGCGGUUCAUGCUGCGUGUGCGCAGGCCGUCUUCGAUCGCUGGGAUUCCUUUACUACUCGCGCCGGCCAGCUCACCAAGGCCUAUCGGGGCGGUGAUUGGGAUGUGUCGGAGUACAUGGCGGCGCUUCGGCCGAUCUACAGGGUCCACGGGGAGACUCUCCGAGCCCUGGCCACACCCCACACACGGGCGCCUGCCACCAACAUCACCGUCAGCAGCUUGGGAGUCAUUGACAAAUACUUAACCAGAAAACACGGUGCAGGGGUCCUCGUGGAACAGUUUCAUCUCGGGAGUGCAAUCAUGAACCGACAGAUGACUUUGUAUAUCUGGACAUUCGACGGACAGUUAACCUUGUCGUUAGACUCCAACGAGGCGUAUUACCCACCCGAGAUUGUCCGUGGUAUACUAGGGAGCAUUUGCGCCUGCUUAGAGAAAGAGCUGAAUCUGAAUACGGUCCUGAUGAGGGCGUGA